CCUGAUGGAUCAUUUCAACCCAGGACUCCAGAAGCUUGUUGCUCUAGGAAACAGUUAUGUCAAAGCUUUUCAAGCCUUAGCUGCUUGCAGUGAGGCCUACUUCAGUGCUGUGGCUAAGAUGGGUGACCAGGCUCUUCACACACUUUCGUCUCGCUCUCUGGGGGAUGUCCUGAUCCAGAUAUCAGAAACUCAGAGGAGGCUCACUGCAGAGAUGGACGGAGUGUUUCGAUGGUUCCAGGUUGAAGUACUGCAAGCCAUGGAAAAGAAUGUCAAGUUGGAUGAGGAGUACAUUGAUGGCAGUCGCAGAGUGUAUGAGCUGGAGGUGAGGAAUCAGGCAGAGGCUUUGGAGAAACAGCUCAGACGAGGAGCCUACAGAGACUCUCUGGAGAACAGUGAGUACAUGCUGUACCUGAGGCAGAGCCAGCAGGAGAUCCUGAAGGAGGAGGAGAGGAGGUAUCGUUUUUUGGCAGAGAAGCACUGUGGCCUCACUCAGUCACUACUUUUCCUAAUAAACAAGACCGGAGCAUCUCUUCAACAAAAGGCAGAUGGAUGGAAGGAGAAAGUGAAUGAGACAAAAGGGUGCAGACCUCGCACUCCCAGCCAUUUGGACCAAGAGGCACAGCUGCGAGGUUCAGUGAGCUCCCUGCUGCAGACGGUAGCCAGAGAUGAAGACAUGUCGUGGGCCAGGAGGGAGCAGCUGGCGCUGGGCAGAGUUCCUUCUAGAGCACCAUCUCCCCUCCCCAGCCGAUCUCGUUCCAACUCAGAGGGAGAAUCUCUGGGUCUUGGAGCCGGGAGAGCCAUGAGAGCCCUGGUGUCUCACCCCUCUUCAUCCAACCCAAAGCUUCUGCCUUUCAACAGGGGAGAGACCGUCACCGUGCUGGUCCAGGAGCCACGCAACGGCUGGCUAUAUGGACGCACUGACAGCAGCCUGCGUCAGGGCUGGUUCCCUGCUGCCUAUGUGGCUCCUAUUGAAGACAUCUCCAACACUUUAUCAACAAGUGGUGGUUCUAUAAGAAGACACAGUGUGAACAGUCUGCUGGAACCUGCUGACACCUACACUGACCAAUCAAAGAGUAAAAGCUAUGGAGAUGCCCCGCCCCCAGCCACAUCCAGUCGAAGAGCUUCUGUAGAGGUCCGGCCGAUCUCUCCACUCCCUGAAAAGAAACUGGAGCCAGAUGUACAGACAAAGCCUGGUCAAAUGAAGAGCUGCAGUGAACACCCACCUCCACCUCCUCCACCAUCAAGUCAGAAUCUUAGAAGGGGUUCCUUAGAUUUUCGCCCGAUCUCUCCCCUCCCUGGCAACAAGAGGGAGUCAGCAUCUGAUACCCAGGCAUUAUUGCCCCCUGGGCCGCCUGAAAACCCACUGUUUCCCAGAGGCACAAACCCAUUUGCUACUGUAAAGCUUCGCCCCACGACCACCAACGACAGAUCUGCUCCUCAGAUCCACUGAUCCAUCAUGCAGGCAGUGUGCAACCAGAUCAGGUUGUGGAGACAGGAUAAACAAGCAAUGGGGGCAGAGAAAGAGCUCUCCUUAUAUAUCAUUAUGUUUACUACAUCAUCUGAUCGGAGGCAGGGAGUGAGGAGGAGGAGGGCG